CCCCCCUCCCCGCCCCGCCACUCUCCUCCACUUCGCUCCACCAAGACCCACGUGACCAAGGGGGCUGGAGGCGAAAAAAUGGCUACAGUCAUACCGCAAGCUGGAGUGAACGGGAACGGCGGUCUGCAGGACUCGCAGAUCACCGAGGAGGUAUGGAACCUGCAGCAGAUGAUCAAGCUCACGCAGGAGCACCUGACGGCUCUGCUGGACAAGUUUGGCGGCGAGCACAAUCCUCCCUCGAUCUACCUCGAGGCGUACGAGGAGUACACUAACAAGCUGGACGCGCUGCAGCAGCGGGAACAAGAGCUGCUCGAGUCCAUGGGCAACAGCCGACCCGAGAGCAUCUGCUCCGAGGACCAGCAGACCCCCGGCUCGGCGGGCGACCCGUCGCUGCCCUCCUCCUCCUCCUCCUCCUCGCAGUCGCAAGGAUUCGGGCAGUCCGCCGGCCACCCCGAGGGGGCUUCGGGUUCCGGGCCCAGGUCCCCGCAACGACAUGUGGUGCGCGUGUUUCUCCCCAACAAGCAGAGGACCGUGGUGCCUGCCCGUAAUGGCGUGACGGUGCUGAACAGCCUGGCCAAGGCGCUGAAGAUGCGAGGUCUCACGGCAGAGUGCUGCGCCGUGCAUCGCAUGCAGGGGAACCAGAAGCUGCUCAUAGAUUGGAACACUGACAUGUCGUGGCUCAUCGGGGAGGAGCUCACCGUGGAGGUCCUGGAGCACGUGCCACUGACCACGCACAAUUUCGUACGCAAGACGUACUUCACGCUGGCCUUCUGUGAUUUCUGCCGGAAGCUGCUGUUCCAAGGUUUCCGCUGCCAAACGUGUGGCUACAAGUUCCACCAGCGCUGCAGCACCGAGGUGCCCAUGAUGUGCGUUAACAUCGACCGCCUCGAGUUCUUGGAGACUGUGCCGGUGGCUCCAGAAGAGGGCUCAUCUGGUAGCGCCACACCGGUGUCGCCCCACCACGUUGCGUCCGGGGCAGCGCCCAGCUCUGCUCUGGCGACGUCUACAAGUCCCGUGGCAAAGCCGCCAAUGUCGCCGUCGCACUCCAUCCCGAUCCCGCAGCCGUGCCGGCCGGCCGGGGAGGAGGACCACCGUGGCCAGUUCACCCCACGCGAGCGCUCCACCUCCGCACCCAACGUGCACAUCAACAGCACGGUCGGGCCCGUCGACAGCAGCCUCAUCGAGGACCUGCGGAGGGGCCAGAACGCACCACAAGGCACUGGCUCAGCGCACGCAGGUGCGGGCUUGUCCGCCACCCCUCCUGCCACGCUGCCCGGCAGCAUCGCCAUGCCCAAGCCCCCCUCCAAGUCACUGCCUCGAGAGAGGAAGCCCUCGGCGUCCUCGGAGGACCGAGCCAGGAUGAAACAGAUAGGGCGGCGUGACUCCAGCGACGACUGGGAGAUCCCAGAGGGACAGAUCACUGCUGGGCAGAGGAUAGGCUCCGGCUCCUUUGGAACGGUCUACAAGGGAAAGUGGCACGGAGACGUCGCGGUGAAGAUGCUCAACGUCACCGACCCGACCCCGCAGCAGCUGCAGGCCUUCAAGAACGAGGUCGGCGUGCUUCGAAAAACUCGCCACGUCAACAUUCUGCUCUUCAUGGGCUAUACCACCAAGCCACAGCUGGCCAUCGUGACGCAGUGGUGCGAGGGCUCGAGCCUCUACCGCCACCUGCACAUCCUCGAGACUAAGUUUGAGAUCUUCCAGCUCAUUGACAUCGCUCGCCAGACGGCCCAGGGCAUGGAUUAUUUGCACGCAAAAUCCAUCAUCCACCGAGAUUUGAAGUCGAAUAACAUCUUCCUGCACGACGACUUGACGGUGAAGAUUGGAGACUUUGGCCUGGCCACAGUGAAGGCUCGGUGGAGCGGCUCUCACCAGCUGGAGCAGCCGUCUGGGUCCAUCCUUUGGAUGGCACCGGAGGUGAUACGAAUGAAGGAGCGGAAUCCUUACAGCUUCCAGUCGGAUGUGUAUGCAUUCGGCAUCGUCCUGUUCGAGCUCAUGUCCUGCCAGCUGCCCUACUGCAGCAUCAACAACCGUGACCAGAUCAUCUUCAUGGUGGGGCGCGGAUACCUCUCGCCCGACCUCAGCAAGGUGCGCAGCAACUGCCCCAAAACGAUGAAGCGGCUCAUGAUCGACUGCUUGAAGAAGAAGCGCGAAGACCGCCCGCUCUUCCCACAGAUUUUGGCAUCCAUCGAACAGCUGGCGCGGUCGCUGCCCAAGAUCCACCGCAGCGCGUCGGAGCCGUCGCUCAACCGCGCCGGCUUCCAGACGGACGACUUCAGCUCCUACACGUGCGCUUCUCCGAGGACCCCGAUCCAGGAGAGUUUGCGGCUUUCAAGUGAAUGGCCCCUUCGCCGGCAGACGGAGAGGCACCGCCACCGCACGCAGCGCUCCCCCGCUCUGCUGCCCUGGGACUGGUGUGUCGAGCAGGGGAGGGAGGGCAAGGGUCAUGGGACCGGAGGUCAGGGGCCGGAGGUGAGGGCCGUCAAUCGAAGACGGGAAACGGGGCUCAGGAGAGCCGGCACGAUUAACAACCCGCCGAGUCUCAGCUCGGCUAAAGCAGACCACAUCAUCUGAAGCUACGUGAGGUUUUUAGUUGCUAGUGGGUGGUCUCUAGGCUGUGUAAAGUGUGGUAUGGGUCCAGAUGUCCAAUAUCCCAAUGAUGUCACUGUUACAUAUUUAUGAAUGUUGGGAGUUAACAUUUUUGUUUUGUUUUUAUAACCUAGUGGAUCCUGGAAAUGGAUAGCAUGUUUAUCAGCAAUUCAAUCACAGGUGAUAUUUUUAUAUAUUUAUUUAAGGUGACGUGUUAAGUGAGGUCUUUAAGUAAUGGUACAUUAAUUUCCAUUCACUUAGUUAAUGCAAUAAUUAACAGGGUUUUUAUUUUAUUUCUGCCAUUGAUGUCUUUAAUAACUUUAAAAAGGUUUAAUUUAAAGAUAGUAUAUUAAAAUAUAUAUAAAUUAUGUAUAGGUCAAUGUUGUCAAACUUACAGGGAGAUUGGACUCGUGAUUUAACUGCACUUUGCAUCUAGCCUAUAGUUUCUUCAUAUUUUUUUCUGUAAAUUUCCUAACUGUAGCAAAAAAAAAAAUGCAUGUCGGAAGCUUAUUGUGCUAGUGACGAUGAUGUGUGGGUGUCUGGGAUGAAUGUAUUUAAAAGUCAGAUAAGGCAAUAUUUUUUUGUUUUCAUUGUCAAAAAGGAAAAACACAACUUAGCCUUUAGAGUUUAUUUUCUGUGCAGUUUUGUUUACAUUCAAUCCUAUACAUGCAGUCAGUUCUACGUAGCCUCGGUGUGUUAAUGUCCCGAUUUAAUGUCGGUCGCAGUCUUCCCAGACGUGGAGGAUUGCUCUCGACAUGUUCUAGAUUCCUGGUGACUUAAGCCCAAUGUUGGGAUCGGGAUGAGCAAAGGUUUAAAUUGUGAGGUUCACUGGAUGUGGAACGCUUCCUAUCCAAUGCAACAUGUGGAUGUUGGGUUUGUGAACUGGCCUGCCUUUGCAGUGUCGCGUUCAGUCACGUAUGAUGAUCGGCAACGUAUGAUGAUCGGCAACGUAUGAUGAUCAUAAUCGUUGCUGAUGAUCAGCAACGAUUCGGCAUCCAACUCGGUAAGAAAAGAAUGACAUUUAUUUUGUACUCUAAUAUGUAACCAAUUUAUUUGGCGUGUUUCGGAAAAGUUUCCCCGUAAUGUGACUCAAAGCAACGCUAUUUUCUAGUAGAGUAUUUCAAAAACAAAUGUCUGUUCGCGACAAAUUCGGCGUGAUAAUUUAACUUGAAAAUAAGAGUGUGAACCCUCGUGCACAUGUAAGCAUACGUUUUGUCAAAAAAGGCACUUUGUUCAACAAGAAACGAGCGUGGAGUUUCUGAUCGCCAGUUUCCCUAAAACCCUAUUGGAGCGCUUGUAAAUAUUCCAAGCACUUUAUUUACAGCCAUAGUCUGCAUCGUCGCUUGUUCCGCUACAUGACGAUAAUGUGAAGUUGUCUUGUGUUAUUAUCUUAACCUUUAUCUUGCUGGAACGCAAAAAAAAAAGAAAAAAUAUAUACUCGCGAAUGGAAGAAGAGGAGCAGGUUGUGGUUUGCACAAUUUUUACAUCAGAAAAAUCUUAUUUUGUUUGAAUACACAAAAGUAGCUACUAUCUCUAUUCUUUAAUAUAUUAUAUACGUAUUUAUUUAGCUUUUUUUAUUUUUCAGAACGUUUAUUUUAUAUUUUUUUGCAGUCUGUGUGUGUUUUUAAGGUCACUGUGUAUAGCUAAGCAGGCCUGUGCCAGAUUGCCGAUAUAUAGACGAUGCGGAUGGGAGGGCAUAGUCUAUUCGAUGGGUCAUAUUUUAUGAGCUAACAUCAUUGAAUAGGGCCGAUUUAAAAAAAAAAGUAAAUAUAGCCACUUCGUGUACAAUGCAAAUAGUUUACUGUAACUAUACGAUAAACAUUUCAUAUACGUAGUUAUAUCUGCACAAUUAAUUUAUAUGUCCAUUCCUUGGUUUACCAUGUAAUGUAUAUUGAAAUUAUUUGGUAUGGAACGUUCGAGAAUCCAGGUUUUGCUUGCGAGCAUUUCACGAUGAUUGUUUUGUUCAUAAAUGCCUUUUAAGUAUUUUUAUUUGCAGUCUAUAUGUAUUUAAGUUAUUGCUCCCUUUUAAAAAUAUUUAAUGUCUUGUAAAUUACGAUCAGCUCAUGACCAGAAAAGGAUGUCAUCGAUAUUUUACCAAAAAAAAAAAUCUCAUAAGUUAUGGAUCAUGGAUUUCGCUUCAAGUGUAGUUGGGGACAUCUUUGUGCUCGCGUUCCUUUGUGCUCAUUGUUGAGCCCAAUUUGUCAUGCAAAUCUUUGGAUGGAACGGCCCUUGUGAUACGACCGCAGUGUAGACCUGACGUCAAGGAAUAUUUGACACAAGCAGCUCGGUAGUGCGUUGCAAAUCUACACGGGUAUCACCCUACCGAGGUGGAAAAUAUAAGCAAGGCAAAUAAUUGGCAAUUUUGACGAAGGAAAUAUGUUUGGAUGUUGAUCAAGUCAAUCGUGGGCUCUUACUAAAAUAGUUGGUGCUUUAUUGUUGUUUUAAAGUUUUGGUUUUCAUUCAAAUGAGACCAGACUUCGGUCAUUAAAUGUUGUUGAUCGUUUUACAUAUCUGUAGUUUGAUAUAAGACCGUUUAUUUAAUAAUUUAAAUUUAACCAAUGGUGAGGCAUUACUACUGCAGGUUAAGUGUGAAUGGGGAAGAUCAUACAAUUAGAUAACCGUUGCACAUGAAUCCGCUACUGCCACAGUCAGGGAUUUCUUCUGUCAAGCAAGAAGGACAAUUUUGGCCCACAACAACCAUUUUCGGUUCAACAACACGUUUGUAUAUCUCACAGCACUGGGUCUCACUGCAGGCAAAACUUCGGUAAAUGACCUCAUUUAGAAUUGUUCAUCAUUUGACCAUUGUGACUAAAUAACAAGCUAACAAAAACUUUCCACCCUUGCCGAGAUUACUAAAACAAUGGGGGAACGUGUUACCACAACUGGUGGUCACAUGACUGCGAUCACAUUACUUUCCGAGCCCCAUUUGUCGGUAUGAAACCUCAUGUUGCGCUUUCCUGGAGCCAAGUUUCGAGUCGUAUGAUUCCGGCAAUGUGGCGACAUGUUGCUCCUCCUGUCCAUCUCUCGCUCAUCUCUUCAACUGUUCUGGUUCUGGCCGCAGGCACUUGUCAUUUGAGAUGCCUUCUGCAGUAAUAUUUUAUUGGGGGGGGGGGUUGGGAGUUGGGAAGUGAGAAGCUUUUUUGCUAAGAUAGUUUACAUCAUGUGAUUUGUUUUCACUGUGCUUCUUAAACUUAAAUUAAUAAUACACUUAUUUGAGCAUUAUAUAUAUAUUUUUUACAUUUGUAUCAUGUUCGCGUUUUGUAUUUUGAAAGAAUACAGUGUGAUGUUUUAUCAUUUCAGGUUCGUAAAGUUUUCAAUGUUGAUCUGAUUUAGUUUUUAUUUCUUGGUGAUACCAUACACUGGCGCAUGCUACGGACGGUUGAUAUAACCUGUACGUUUGAGUUUACUUGAAACAAAAUUAGAACAUUUAAAAAUGUGUUUUGGGUGCGUACUUUAGCAUCCACAUUCUUUGGGUAUUUUGGUAAAGCCACGUAGAUAGAAAACUAAUAAUAAUUGUAUUAUUAUAUUAAAAAUAAAAAUAAUUUUAUUAUAUGAUAAUAAUUUUAUUAUUUUUACCGAAAGACCCAAAGAAUAUGAAUUCCUGCAGUGACGAAAGCUUUAAGUCCAGAUUUUUCAUCCACGUUAACUAAGUCCCUACAUCGCAGUGCCCAGUUAACGCUUUGGCCACGUCUGCAGCCAUGCAUCGCUGUUCUCCGAACGUACAUGUAAUUCCUGCACACUUUACAAAGUCACGCAACCUCUCUUGUGUAACGCAUGGGAAACGAAUCCACCCUCUUUCCUAUUAAAACACCGUACAAAUGGCAAGCACGUACGAUUUAAUCCAACUGCUGUGCUCACUCGUUUUGUAGGCUUCACGUUUGGUUUCUCCCGUUAACCACACACGCGUACACCAACCAUCCCUUUAAGGCGCACCAUUUCCUCCUUUCUCUUCGGUUCUCUGGGCUGUAUGUAGUUGUACAAUUUGUGCGUGCACAACGCGGAGGUUUUUGAUAGCUGUGACGAGCAAUGUAAUGCAUACAUACUGUGUGUACUGUACAUUUGAUUUAAAACGGAGACCUUGGAUGUGUUAGCGAAGAUUUAUUGGAAACAUGCUUCAAUAAAAGAGAUGCAUGUAUUGCUGA